GUCGUAUGUAAUGAUCACAAAUAACCGGUGGUGGUUCAGUUCAAGUACAGCCAAGAAUGAGCAGAUGCUACGGUUUUCAACCUUCAAUUUCAUUUUGUAGUUGAACAAGAUAACAGUGCAGACUCCUUGUCACGAGAUUUAUAAUACAUAAUAUUUCUUUGUUUUCUCGUCUGGAUUCUUAUUUAGCUUCGAAUUGGAAUAUUUCAGAUUCAGUUUCUUCGUUUCGUAAAAACUAAGUUUAAUUUGUGCUAAAAGAUUUUAAAAGUGAGUAGCAUUCCUCACUCUAAAAAAUGGAGCAGAAUAACAUGACAAUAUUCACGAUUAAUUCGUGCAGUAUCAAAGAUCAAAAGUGUUUAAUCACCUUAAGAAACAUGAUACAAGAAUCUAAUAAUGAAUUGCUGAUCAAAAAUACGUGGGAAUUUACCGAUGACUUCCUCCUGAGAUACAUUCGUAGUAGGAACUACCAUGUAAAUUCUGCAUUUGAACGGCUGCAAAAUCACAUGUACAUCCGGCGCAUCAAGAAUCCCGAAGUUUACGCCCGUCUUUACCCCUCAGCCGUGUACGACGCUCUGGAAAACGGUGGGGCUCGCGUCCUCCGAGGCAGAGAUGACAAAUCUCGACACGUUCUCCUCGUCCGAUUAUCGGAAUGGAACCCGGACGAGAUUUGUGUCGACGACUUCCUCCUCGCCGUCAUGCUCCUCGGGUGGGAAAUGCUGGGCUGCAAGGAGACCCAAUUAAAUGGCAUGGUCAUUCUCAUCGACGGGACUGGAUUUGGCUUGAAGCAUGCGAGACAAGGGACACCGAGUAACGUGCAGAAAUAUGCGGAUCUAAUCGUGAAAGCAAGCCCCUUCAAGUGUAAAGGAGCCCAUAUAAUCUUCGCUCCAAUGAUAUUCAACAUGACGCUUUCUCUCAUAAAGAUGUUCCUACCGCAAAAGCUGGGAAAGAGGAUCCACGCCCACGGCUCCUCGGUCGACUCGCUCCACAAAUUUAUCUCACCCGACAUUCUUCCUCAAUCUUUGGGAGGAGUAUUAAGCGAAGCUGAUUCGAUUGAUGAGGAAUUAUUGCAAGGACUUUACUCAAAGGAGCGAGAUGAUUAUUAUAAGAGUUUUGUAGCGUAACCUAUUUUUUUAAUGUUUGGAAUUCGUUUUUUUAUUUUGUAAUCGAUUCUCGAGUUUUCGAUUAGACAAUUUUUACCCAAGUGUCCUGUAUCCCUCGCAAAAAGUAGAUUUAGUUUGAAAUUUUGUGAUGCGUAAAAUUACAUAUUAUAUUUUAAGGGUGUAAAAAUAUCUGUGAUUUAUAUUUUAUCUUUACACUAAUAAACGUCGGACCGCUGUGCGACACAAUACAGCUGCUAGGAUCUAAUUGAAUAACAAAUUUUACCAUUAUAUAAUUUCCUUAUUUGACAUUGAAGUCUCGUAGUAAGCAAUUCCUUUUGAAGGCAUGUGCAUUCAUUACCAAUUUUAAUAUGCAGACGCAAUAUUUACCAGUGUGAUGUGCCGAGAGAAUUAACAUCAUUGUUUUAAAGAGUCGGUUCAUGUAUGUGUGUUGAUAAUUAAGUAUUAGGAAUGCCCUCACCUUGUAACACUCGUAUUUGACUGAGAUAAUAGUGGUAUUUUUACAAAGCCUUUUACAUAUUUUAUUUUAUGUGUUAAUGACGGACACAUGUUAAAAUAUAGAAACAACAAGAUAACACAA